AUGAGUGAAAAGAAACAAGCACCAGAAGCGUCGCCAAGCUUGAAUAACGCCAGUGUGGCGGGGGGAAGCAGUGGAUCAGACAGUCAGCAGUCGACACCAGUAAAUAGCCCGGCGGGAGUGAGCCAGGGAUCGAACCAGGGGCCUAGCGGGGGGUCAGGGGCACAAGAAGGAUACUACGCUGGCAAUGCGGGCUACGGAAACUACGCCGGUAAUGCUGGAGGUGCCAACAAGCCGUACAAGCACUAUAACAGACAGAAUUACAAUGGCAGCAAUAAUGGUAACAGCAUGAACAACAACGGCAGCAGACAGCACUAUAACAACAGAAAGGGGUACAACCAGAAGAUCAACCACAAUAACCAGUACAAUAACUAUAACAGCUACCCACCGAACAUGUAUGCAUACGGAUACUACCCAUCGCCAUACGGCUACGCCGCACCAAUGGUUCCGGGAAUGCCUCCAAUGCAAUCGUUCCAACAGCCACCAUACUCGCCAUUGCCAGGUGGAAAGGUCAAGAUCACCACCAAGGAGGGCAAGCAGAUCGAUUUAGAAGAAAAGAAGAAGUUGUCCAACGCAACCAACACUCCGAUCUCGUCUCCAUCGCAAGACACAGCAUCUCCUGUAACUUCGCACAUAUCUCCUGUGGUACCGGCUGCGAUCUCGUAUGCCACCGUCGCUGGUGCUGAAGAGAAGAUAGCCAAGGAACCAGUAUCGGUGUCUAGUUCUGCUUCUCCUUCCACUUCAUCUGCUGUUACUUCAUCGGCUUCGCCAAGCACGGCCUCGCCUCAGCCAGCUGCUAGUACCGGUAAAUUAUCGGUUGCAGAAGAGUUUAAGAGAAAGAUUUUGGAAAGAGCUGCUAAGGCAUCUGCGGCACAUAAGAAGGAAGAACCAAAGACUGAAACUACUCCAAAGGCUGCAACUCCAAAGGUCGAAACUCCAGCUCCAGCCCCAAAGGCUGCCACCCCAGUAGCUGAAGCUCCUAAGGAAGAAUCUCCAAAAGUGGAAGAGCCAAAGACAGAAGAACCAAAGAUAGAAGAACCAAAGACAGAAGAGCCAAAGAUCGAACAAUCAAAAACUGACAUUUCAAAUAUCGAAGAACCAAGCGCUAUAAAACAAGAUUCUAAGAUCGAAGAGCCAAAGGAAGAGCCAAAAGAAGAAUUAAAGGAAGAAUCAAAGGAAGAACCAGUCCAAGAAUCAGCUGAUUCAGUCUCCCAAGAAACAAAGGAACCAGCAGAAGAAGUUGCUGGUGAAUCAGUCGAAGCAAAGGACAACGAAGAAUCAAAAGACGAUGUCACUGAAGAUUCAGAAGCUAAAGCUUUGGAAACUGAAGAAACCGAGCCAAAGGAUGAUGGACAAACCAUUUCUCAAUUCUUUGAAAAGUUGCACACCAGUUCUGGUAUCGAAGAUCCAUUUGCCGUAACUUAUCCAAGCCCAUUUGUAGGCGUCGAUUCUAAGUGGAAAUCAGAAACCAAGAAAUACAGAUAUGACCCUCAAUUCUUAAUCCAAUUCCGUGAUGUAUUACAAUUCCCACUUGACAAUGAAUGGAAAACUAAAUUAGAGAAUUUAGGUAUUGUAUCGACUGUUAACAAGAGAGGUGCUGGAUCGCAAUCUUCAAGAGGCAUGAAUAAAUUUGGCAACUCAAUGUCAGGUAGAUUCAAUGGCCCAAUGUCUGGAAGAGGCCAAUUUAAUGAUGGAAGAACUAAUUCAAGAAGUGGCUCUAAGAGAAGAGGUGGAAGUGGUGGCCCAAGAGAUAAAUCUACUAGAAAGGGUAACCAAUCUAAGAGAGGUGGUAGAGAUAGAGACCACCAUGAUGAUAAGCCAGCUGAAGAAGUUAAGCCAUUAGAAAAAUCAGCCAACAGAUGGGUCCCAAGAUCAAAGGCCAAGAAGGCUGAAGUUAAGCUUGCUCCAGAUGGAUCAGAAAUAUUGGAAAGUGAAGAUAUUGAAAGAAAGGUUAAAUCAUUAUUGAAUAAAUUAACCUUAGAAAUGUUUGAACCAAUUACUGAUGAUAUCUUGAAAUUGGCUAACCAAUCUAAAUGGGAAGAUAAUGCUAAGACCGUAAGAGAAAUAAUAUCAUUAACAUUCGCUAAAGCUUGUGACGAGCCAUACUGGUCUUCUAUGUAUGCACAAUUCUGUGCUAAGAUGUGCACUCAAAUGAGUGAUGAAAUUAAGGAUGUGAAUAUUUGCCUCAAAAAUGGUGAAUUUGCUAAGGGUGGUGAUUUAGCCAGAAGAAUCUUGUUGACAACCUGUCAAACAGAAUAUGAAAAGGGUUGGACUGAUAAGUUACCAACAAAUGAAGAUGGUACUCCAUUAGAACCUGAAAUGAUGUCUGAUGAAUAUUAUGUUAUGGCUGCUGCCAAGAGAAGAGGUCUUGGUUUGGUUAAGUUCAUUGGUCACUUAUAUAUCUUGAAUAUGUUGAAUGAUCAAGUGAUCUUACUCUGUUUGAGGGACCAAUCAAGUAACACUAAGGAUCCAUCAGAAGAUAGUUUAGAAAACUUGACUCAAUUGGUUAAUACUGUUGGUGCUAGAUUAGAAACCACUGAUAAGAAUAGAGCUGUCUUGAAUUUUGUUUUCGAUAACAUUCAAACUAUCUUAGACAACUGUAAGCUUUCAUCAAGAAUUAAAUUUAUGUUGAUGGACUUACAAGAUUUAAGAGCUGCCAAAUGGAAGUCUGCUAAGGAAGAAGCAGGUCCUAAGACUAUUCAAGAAAUUCAUAAUGACGCGGAGAUCAAGAAGUUAGAAGAUGAAAAAGCCGCUGCGGAAAGAAGAAGAAAGAAUAAAUCCAAUGAUUCGAGAUCCAAUUCUUCAAGAGGUGGCUCAUCCUGGGGUAACCAAUCAAAGAAAUCUGAAUCAAGAGCUCCAACAAAAGACUCGCGUGGAUUUACCUCAGUGCAAUCUUCAAGAUCCCAAUCUAAUAGACCAAACAAUGCUUCUGAGCAAGCAGCCAGUCAUUUAUCUCCAAGAGAAAACUCGAAGAGAACAGAAUCAAUUCAAUCAAAUGCUAAUAUCUUUGCUGCAUUAGGAGAAGGAGAUGAUGAAGAAAAUAAUGAUGAUGAUCAUGCACACCAUCAAGAAGCUGAACGUGAAGACAAUGUGAACGAAGAAUCAACUACGGUUGAUCAAACCGAAAACACUGAGUAA